AUGUUGGGCGCCAAGUGGUGGUGCCAGCUGAUCUUCAGCUGUCGCCUCCGCCGCCUCUCGUCCCCCUUCUCAAGCCCCUUUUUUCGAGCGAAACCGGCUAAACCGAGAGGAAGCGGGGCCGAGAUUACACCAGAGCGAGAGUAUGUGGGAGAAUUGGCGAGCGAAUGGGGUGGGGUUGGGUUCUUGGGAAAAGCGGGCGACGUCAUCCCACGUUUCGAAAGUCAUAUAUUAGGAUGUCGUGAGGACAGAGAGGUGGGGGGAAAGGGGUUUUUGGCGAGUUUAUGCCGUGAACUGAGGUAA